GUUGCGGCCGGAGCCCGGGAGCUGUAAGCUCCCCGAGCGCAGAGAGCCGCUGCUGCAAUCUGUUGCGCCGUCGCCCGGGGGAGCCGGCAGAUCCGGGUCCCCUGGCCGCCGGUGACGUGGGCAAUCGAAUCCAAACACAGGCCGGGAGGAAGCCGGCGUUGGUGGCGUUCCCGAGGGCAGCUCCGGGAGGCCGUUCCUGCCGAGGCUGGGCGUCUGCAGCUCUCCCCGGGGCUCCCAGCCAGCCAGCCUCCCCGCCCGUCGCUUGUGUUCUGGGCGGGCUUGUGCGCCCCAAGAGGGCCAGGAGAACCUUUCCAGUUGUUGGGGUUUUCUUACACCAUCCAAGAUCUGAGCAGUCGACGUUCACUCAAGCUGGAUAAUCAUGGCAGAAGGUGGAUUCGAUCCCUGUGAAUGUAUUUGCUCUCAUGAACAUGCGAUGCGAAGGCUGAUCAAUCUGUUGAGGCAGUCCCAGUCCUACUGCACAGACACAGAAUGUCUUCAGGAAUUACCAGGACCUUCUGGUGAUAAUGGCAUCAGUAUUACCAUGAUCUUGAUGGCCUGGAUGGUUAUUGUAGUCAUCUUGUUUCUUCUGAGACCUCCAAAUCUGAGAGGUUCCAACCUAACUGGAAAACCAGCCAGUCCACAUAAUGGACAAGACCCACCAGCCCCUCCUGUGGAUUGACUUUGUGAUCUGGACAUCAAGAAUAAGUAACAACUUGCACGACCAAAUGAACGAAGAUGACCAGAGUCCUCUUAACCCCAUUAGAUCAAUUUUUCCUUUUGCAUCUGCAAUAUGGGAUGGUCUUGUUUUCAUGAGCUUCUAGAAAUGUCACCUGCAAGCUUCUUACUGCUUUCUGUUAUCACUAUUCCUUAUUACAAUUUAUUUGAGUAAAUGAUUACAUUUGAAAAACAA